AUGCGGAAACUGAAAGCUGUCCUUCACAGUCACAAACGAAGCCACGAUGAGGAUACGAAGCAAGAUCGGCCAUUUCACGACCCAGAAGAUCUAGACUCUUCCAAUGGGCCCACGACAGGUGAACAGUCUAGCAGCCACGCCGAAACGAACGGCGUGAGACAUAAUGAAAAUAGUACAAAACAUACCGGCAACUCGCAUGUGCCUACGAACAGUUCUAGCCCCAGCCAAUCCACAAUCGCGGAUGCCAGUGCCAGAGACCCGCAAAAGUCUGUUAAAAGCUCACUUCAUACUAUCCAUGAGCCAAACGAAGCGAGCGUACCACAUCCAACAAGAGCUGCCCCUACAACUCACCGCACAGACGCCCAGGUACAAACUGAGGGUAUAUACGUACCCACAAGCGUGCUCAAGAGAAGACAGAAGCUUUUGGAGAUGCAGAAUAAAGAAGCAGCAGAGAUAUCCAAGGAUAUACCGAAUGGCCAACCGAAUGGCGGCUUGGCCGAGGAGGGGAAGGGGGACAACGUCGAGGAAUCGUACAAGUCUGCAAAAGACAAGAAUGUUGCAUCUGGUAUUGACACCACGGUAGAGACCGAGCAGACGACAUCUCAUGCCCCAGCUGUCACUCACGAAACUGUUCGUCCAUCCGAACAUGAGGUCGUGGAGGAGAAGAUCUACCGCGACAUCCACAACUACGACAUAUACCAUAGAAUCCAGCCAAUAUUCGAGGUGGAGGUGUUGCCUGCCCGCCACUUCGUCCCGGGACCCAACAACACCUUUGUCGAGGUGCCCGAGGACGGCCUGCCCUUUGCAGAAUGCAAAACCGCAUACAAGCAAUGGUUUGCUGACCGGAUACCGAGCGGUGCUGGCCAACAUACCAAGAUCCAUUUCGUAUCCGCUGACCCGUCAAACGCAGGUGCCGAAAGUAGCACAGACUACGGAUCUGGAUCUAUCGAUUCAGAAGUUCUUAACCGUCAGGGGUCGACGGAUACUUGA